CCGCGUCGUCCCCAGCGCCCGCCAGCCCGGCCCGCGCCAGCCAGGCAGGAGUGAGAUGGAGGCCUCGGUGAUACUGCCCAUCCUGAAGAAAAAGCUGGCCUUCCUGUCAGGAGGGAAGGACAGGCGCAGCGGACUCAUCCUGACGAUCCCGCUGUGCCUGGAGCAGACGAACAUGGACGAGCUGAGCGUCACUUUGGACUACCUCCUCAGCAUCCCAAGUGAGAAAUGUAAGGCCAGAGGAUUCACCGUGAUCGUGGACGGCAGGAAGUCUCAGUGGAAUGUGGUGAAGACAGUCGUCUUAAUGCUGCAGAAUGUUGUUCCGGCUGAGGUAUCCCUUGUCUGUGUAGUGAAGCCAGAUGAAUUCUGGGAUAAGAAAGUAACCCACUUUUGUUUCUGGAAAGAAAAGGAUAGACUUGGCUUUGAGGUUAUUUUAGUGUCUGCCAAUAAGUUGACUCGUUACAUAGAGCCAUGCCAGUUGACAGAAGACUUUGGUGGGAGUCUUACCUACGAUCACAUGGACUGGCUAAAUAAGAGGCUGGUCUUUGAGAAGUUUACAAAGGAGUCUACGUCAUUGCUAGAUGAGCUUGCUCUGAUUAACAAUGGAAGUGAUAAGGGGACCGAGCAGGAGAAGGAAAGGUCUGUGGAUUUAAACUUUCUUCCAUCUGUUGAUCCUGAGACAGUUCUUCAGACAGGGCAUGAGUUGUUAUCUGAAUUACAGCAGCGUCGGUUUAACGGUUCUGACGGCGGGGUCUCGUGGUCUCCCAUGGACGAUGAGCUGCUCGCACAGCCGCAGGUUAUGAAGUUGUUAGACUCCCUCCGGGAGCAGUACACGCGCUACCAGGAGGUCUGCAGGCAGCGCAGCAAGCGCACACAGCUAGAGGAGAUCCAGCAGAAGGUGAUGCAGGUUGUGAACUGGCUGGAAGGGCCUGGAUCUGAGCAGCUGAGAGCACAGUGGGGCAUUGGUGACUCCAUCAGGGCUUCUCAGGCCCUGCAGCAGAAGCACGAGGAGAUUGAGAGCCAGCACAGUGAGUGGUUCGCUGUGUAUGUGGAGCUUAACCAGCAGAUUGCCGCGCUCUUGAACGCCGGGGACGAGGAAGACCUGGUGGAAUUGAAGUCUCUGCAGCAACAGCUCAGUGAUGUUUGCUACCGACAGGCCAGUCAGCUAGAGUUUAGGCAAAAUCUCCUACAGGCAGCUUUGGAAUUUCAUGGUGUGGCCCAAGAUUUGUCUCAGCAGUUGGACGGCUUAUUAGGCAUGUUGUGCGUAGAUGUGGCACCGGCUGAUGGAGCAUCAAUUCAGCAAACUUUAAAACUGCUUGAAGAGAAGCUGAAAAGUGUUGAUGUGGGAUUGCAAGGCUUGCGAGAAAAAGGCCAAGGUCUCCUGGAUCAGAUCUCCAAUCAGGCUUCCUGGGCCUACGGAAAGGAUGUAACUAUUGAAAAUAAAGAAAACGUGGACCACAUACAAGGCGUGAUGGAAGAUAUGCAGCUUAGAAAACAAAGAUGUGAGGACAUGGUAGACGUGCGGAGGCUAAAGAUGCUUCAGAUGGUGCAGUUGUUUAAGUGUGAAGAGGAUGCAUCCCAGGCAGUGGAAUGGCUAAGUGAACUUCUGGAUGCCCUGCUGAAGACCCACAUCAGACUGGGUGAUGACGCUCAGGAAACGAAGGUUUUACUGGAAAAGCAUAGAAAAUUUGUCGAUGUUGCACAGAGCACUUAUGACUACGGCAGACAGUUGCUGCAGGCCACGGUUGUUCUGUGCCAAUCCUUGCGCUGUACAUCCCGGUCCUCAGGGGACACACUUCCUCGACUGAACAGAGUGUGGAAGCAGUUUACGGUAGCGUCUGAAGAGAGGGUGCAUCGGUUGGAGAUGUCGAUUGCCUUCCACUCAAACGCUGAAAAGAUUUUGCAAGACUGCCCAGAGGAGCCGGAAGCAAUUAAUGACGAGGAGCAGUUUGAGGAAGUCGAAGCAGUUGGGAAGUCACUGCUGGAUAGACUCACUGUCCCCGUGGUUUACCCUGAUGGAACUGAACAGUAUUUUGGGAGUCCAAGUGAUAUGGCUUCUACUGCCGAGCACAUCAGAGACAGAAUGAAACUGGUCAGUCUCAAAAGGCAGCAGCUGAGACAUCCCGAACUGGUGACCACGGAAAGCUAAUGUCCCCAGCUCCCACAGAUCUGCAGGUCCUAUGCCCGCACGGCACUGGUGGCACGGCUGUGUUAGCCACAGCUCAUUAAGAUGCAUUUCCCAGCAGGAUAAGCCUCCUUUCUUCCCACAACACGUCUCUCUAAAUGCUAACACCUCUUGGCUACCAAGGCAUAAUCACGUAAUGUGCUUUGAUGCUCUAGACUCCAGGUACCUUAAAAGAAGGGACUGUAAACACUGCACUGGGUCCUUGCUUUCACGCUUUUACCUGACUUGCCAGUUUGUAGAUGAACAACUGAUAAUAAGCUUUUGAAUGGUGCUAAUUGGAGCUUAGGAAUUCUCUAUAAGAACAUGGUUGCCCUUCCUCCCCAGGUGAUGUAGAAUAUUUAGACCAUAGUUAGACGUUAGUGGAUAGUGGCGUCCUCAAAAUUUCACUCUGUAAUUCUUGAAAAUUGAUUAUUUUUAUUGUCUAUAUGAAGAAAACCCUCCAGAUCUUUGAUAUAUUCAUUGAAAGACAUUUUCCUAUUGCAGUUAUAAUGUAUUAAAAGUUGUCUGUGCUUCAUAAAAGUCUUCUUCAAGCAUCUCACUUAAUUUGGUAGUUACAUCCUAAUUCUAAACGUGAGUGCCUUACUAAAAGGCCAUUCUUAGGGUUGUGAGGAUGGGCUAGUCAUUCAGUUUUAAUGGUGGCUGCAUGUAUUUUAGGCAGAAAUUUCAUAUGUAUGCAUGUGUAUAUAAUAAAAAAUAAGCAUGUUUAUUGUGAAAAGAUUAGACCUUUAAGAACAAUAAUAGAAGACUAUUUUUAAAUUUUUCUCUUGAAAAAUACUGUCCAAAUUGUUAACUACUCUAAAGAUGCUUGUCUUUGGGGAAGGAGGGCUGAGGAUGAAGGUAUGCUUAACUAUUUCAAUGUAAUCUUUUAUAUCACAGUAAUUGUUCUGGAACUAAAGCAGAAAUUGUUAAUAAUAUUUAAUAUCUCCUGAUACUAGAGACAAAAUCAUCCUGAAGAAGUCUAGUCACAAAAACUGUAUAGAUCUUUAGAAAUAAAAUUUGUCAUAAAAUGGUAAUGCUUUUUAUGUUUGUAUUAAGUUAUAAAAUGUAUAUAAUUUAACAUUGUGUUAAUUUUUAUUUUAGAAGAUUUUUUAAAGGUGAAAACCAACUGGGCUUAUGAUCAGUACAGAAUUAUGCAAAGAAUUGUAUGCUGGUUUGUUUCUGCAGUCUCUAGUGAUGCUCACAUACCCUUCUGUGCUAAUGCCAGUUUUCUCCAGCCUCUUCUCUGCCAGCCUUGAAGAAUUCCAUGUUUCUUGUCCGCCAUUCCCAUCACUCUCUCUGCAAACCUUUGUUAGCUGUUACACCUCGCUCUACGAGAAAAUGUUCUUUUGAAAAUCAGCCGUAGUCUUCCAGUUACCGAAUCGAAUGUUUUCUGUCUGUCACAUAGCCUCCCUUUCUCGGUAUUCCUGGCGUCUCCCAAAGCCAUCUCUCAAGGAUGGUGUCUCUGCCGUCACUGUGAGUGUAGAUCAGGACUCAUUGAGAAUAGGUC